AUGCGCGCCACAUUUCAGCUCUUGAAGCGGUCCGUUUGGAAAGGACCGAACCUCGUCUUCCCCGAGCUUCCUACAGUCGUCCAUGGCAAAACGCCCCCGACGAUAAAAACCCAGGCACGGUCCGCCACCAUCCUACCCAAUUUUGUCGGCCUGAAGUUUGCGGUGCACAAUGGAAAGAUAUAUCAGGACGUGUACAUCACUGAAGAGAUGGUUGGCCGGAAACUGGGCGAAUUCGUGCCUACAAGAAAACGAUUCACGUAUAAGAUGAGCAAGAACAAGUGA